GAUCCUAAAGUAUCCAAACCACGCAUGCCUACAUUGCUUGAAAUCAACCACACAGUAUCGCAGGCUGAAAUGCCGCCGGCAUUUUUUCUCACUUCAGGUGUCCCAGUGGUGAAACGCUCACCGAAUACUCGUCAUCCCUGCUUCUACCUUGACUGAAUCCAAAACUAAACUCGAUGAACUUUACCCCACAUGCACUACAAGACAGCCAAUGUUACUGAGACAAAUAACCAAACUACGUACACAAGUGCAACUUCGGACAGUAUGAGCUCCAGUUGCAAAUCGCGACAGCUUUCGCCUGUUCCGGUUGGUACCUGCCCACCCAUCUCAAAAGCUAGCAGUCAAGGAACCAGAUCGGAGGAAUAUAUGAAUGCAAUACGCCAGAAAAGAAGAGCAAUAGAAAUGCUUAACAUUGAAAAUGAAAUCUUUCGGCAGUUUUCUGCGAGAACAAUGCCACUAAUGGAACCGUCCGAGUUAUGUGAGUUUGGUAUUCCAGACAACAUAGCAUCUUAACAAGCGUUUUCUGAAGCUACUGCCCGACACCAAACUCUACGCCGUCAGUCCAAAAGUUUUGUGUUAGAACGGCACCGAACAAUAACAGCUCAACAGAAAUGUCAUAUACUUUUCUCCCAACGCGAACU